AAAGAAUCCCCUAACAAUUGUGGUUCAGAUUGGAGCACUAUAAAUAAAAGAUAUAUUGGCUCAAAGUGGUUGCUUGAUAAGACUUCUUAGUGAAUCAACAAUCAAGGAAUACAUUUAAGAUGCAACUAGAAGACAGUGAGAAUCAGUCGACUAGAGUGGCAAAUGAUUGUUUAAUAAUAUGUGGUGACCAUGAGAUUCAAGUAUCUGAAGGUGGAGAAGUUGAUUUACAUUCACACUAUGCAAACUGUAUUAAAAACCCAGGUCAUUCUCAGUUCAUUCCUAUAGCCAACUUAAACCUAACACACCUGCCUGAAGAUUAUCAUGACAAUGAUUUGUUAAAACUGAUUAAAUCUACAGCUGACCUGACUGUUAGAAUUAGUGUUGCGAAGGUCAGUCCGCGCAGACCACAGUUUUGGCCUGGCAAAAGGCUUAAAUAUCCAUUCUAUGAAAGGAGAGAUAGUUGUCUACCGAGGACAGGGAGUGGACAGAUGGCUGUGAAUAAAUAUAUUGAUGGACGUGGAUAUAAUGGACUUGGUAGUGAAUUGAGUGUUGUUAGUGGACAUCAGCUUUCGAGAAACUACAAAAAAUGUCCUUGUGAAAAAUGUCGACAUUCAGACAACCCCAGCAAGGUCUGGUGGGAAAUACUUAUCAGCACAGCCACACAUGUGGUUUUUGAUGACAUAGAGGCCGGCCACACGACAUGUAGACUAUUUUAUGAUGACCAAAAUAGCCCAGUGGUCAUUCUUGAUAAAGUCAGUAUUUAUAUUGUAAACAUCAAGCGAGACGUGUGUCUGUUGAAACACGUGACCUGUGACGCGACACUGGGGACGAAGCUUUAUAAAAUGAUGGAGCAAUAUUAUUUCCUUUGGGAAAGGGUAAGGGACACUUAUAGGGACAAAUCGAAGUUGACGUUCAUAGUAUCACAUCCUCACGGAUGCUCUAAGCAGGUCAGUGUCGGUCAGUUGGAGGAAAGCUUCAGGGUGAGGGAGCACAACAUCAAAUUUGAUCAAACUCAGAUGACUUACACAACUAAUACAUGUCCAGGAAGCAGCGGGGCCAAAGUACACUGUUUAGGGUCAGGCACCGGACAUGUCCAUAGCGGUUCUUUACCUUCUAAACUGAAUUACAGUAGUGUUGGGUUAUACAGGACCUAUGAGCGAGAAUUGAACGUCCUAAAUCCUUCUUAGUAAACGAUUUUAAUUAUUAUUUAUCAUAUCUUAUCAAAUACAUACAUUACUUGAAACAAAGAUGAUGAUUACGUCCUACGCGGCAUGCACCUAGUCAGGCAUGUUAAUCCAUAAUUUAAAUAUUCACAUUGGACUAGAGCAGUGAUGCCCAAAUUACGGCCCGCGGGCCAGAUCCGGCCCGCGGUGUGGUUUCACCCGGCACAAAGUGUAGAAAUCCCCCUUCCAAACAAAAAAAAAAGGUUGAAAAAAUGUCUCUUUACCUACGUUUGGGCCCUCACUUUUUCUCUGAUGGAUUGAUACCAUAACCUUUAACAUUUGUGUGUUUAUGAAAUGGGACGCUGAAUGUAGAAUCUACCAGGAAAAGUGAACAUAUCUUUACUUUUUUUUUUUUUGUUGAACAUGAUAAUAAGCCAACAUAUUUAUUUUAUAAAGAAAGUGUGGCUGUCUAAUAAAACAACAACAUAAAAAGGGCAUUAUAAAAUAAAUAUGGCUGUAUUCUUUGUUUGAGUUUGAGUCACGAAUAAAAGAUUGUUAAACCUCGACUAGAGAUUGGAAGAUACAUUGGAAAGAGACCAUAAAGUGAGUCGUUGCUUACAUUUUAAGUAGGGAAAUGAAGCUAUUUAUUUGAAUCGUACAAAAAUAUAAUUGUCAAAUAAUCUAUUAAUUAAGUAUUAAAUUCACAGGUUUCACCAAAAUAGUUUCCGAACAAUUUCAUUUAGUUUUUGUAGCUUUUAGGUCAUAUGGCCCGCGAGACGAGUGUUGGAAAUUAAAAUGGCCCGCGGGUCGAAUUAGGUUGGGCAUUACUGGACUAGAGUAACACCUUUAGUAAAAUCACUAAAUUUAGAAAGCCUUCAGGACAGAAGUCUCAAAAGUAAAUAGCAAUUAUACAUAAAACAUUGAAACAUAUUCUUCAAAUACUAAACAAAAACCUAAUAAAAUACUCUGAAAGACAUAAAGAUAAAGGCACAUUUCUCGUCCCAUAUGCUAGGACAAAUCUAUACAAAUGCUCCUUCUUCCCUAGUGCUAUUAGAGCAUGGAAUGGGUUACCUGAGCUAGCCAGGAAAACCAGUGACUUGGCAGAAUUUAAGUCAUUGGUUAAUAUGCAUGACUAAAUGCAUGACGCGUAGGACGUAAUCAUCUUCUUUUUUGAAGUAACAUCUGUAUUAUAUAAGAUAAGAUAUUUAGGUGUCUAUGUGUUUCUGUGUUUUAAUGAUCAGAUUGUCACAUGCUUAAAUGUACUAUCGAUCGAUAACAAUGAAUAUCUUUUUUAUUAUUUUAUAAUUGAAACAGAGCGUGUAAUAUCUAAUUAUUUUUUUAAAAGUAUAAACGCGGGGAUUCCCCAUAUAUUCCACUGUCUCGCUCUGCUACACUUUAGCAAGCAUGCACAGGACUGUGACAGGACCAUUGUGAUUUGGCAGGGAGUAAAAAAAAAAAAGGGUAAAGUUUCCCUUUCUGACAUUGCUAUCUUUAUGGCAGUUGACGUUGAAGGGAAUCUCCGAUGUUUUUAUUUUCACAUUUGAUUUAUUUACAGAUUUCUGUGUAAAAUGUUGUAUUAGUAAACAUUUAAAAUUUUAAAAUUGAAAUGCUUAGCUAUAUUUAUAUUUAAUAAAUUAUUAAAUUUUUGACAUCUAAAAAAAAAACGUUUUUUUUUUGGUUUAGUUUUUUGGGGGCCUCGGCAUACGUCACUGCACAGAGCACUACUACAAGCGAAUCUAGAUCUAACCAAUUGUAUUGCUUCAUUCCUACUGUGGAUGUUAUGCUUAGUGACGGCCUAGUCUAUGGCAAUAUGAUAGUCUCUGGCACAGUUAUAUAGAUCUAGAAGCAUUACGAUAAAUAAAUCGAUAAAAAAAAAAAAGGAACAUUUUCAUUUACUCUCUGUCCCAAUAAGUAAAUAGAUCGUGUGUCCGGGUGAUUCUAACAAACUGGUCAGUAGUGGUCAGUGUAAGGCUAGAACUUUAGUAGGCUAUGUGUAGACUGUCAUGACAUGACGAUCACGCGAUGUAUGUUUAGUAGUCAGGCGAGACACACUGACAUGAUUAGUCAAGCAUGUAGAUCUACUCUUAACACGUAUAUUAUUCUUAGCUUACAAAAUCUUGAUCUGCUAAGACCUAGAUCUGUUUCUUUUUGUAAACUUCACUGUAUGUCUUUUCGUUAAAGUCAAUAAAGUUUUAUAAAAUUAUGACACAUUUUUUUUUCUAAAGAUUUAAAUCGAAGGGGGGCAAAAAUAAACAUAUAUAAGUACACCAUUUUCAGUGCAACAAAUGUUAGUAGCACACAUCUUUCGUGGAUACAUGGUGCCAAGACGUAUACUAGAUACCAUCAUACCAGUAGGCCCUACUACUGAGAUCUAGGUCUACAUCUACAAUCACUUAGAGCUCAAGGCAUUAUAAUAACUAACUCUUGGGGGGGGGCGUUUUCAUCCAUACCCCUCAUUGCCGAAAAGGUGAAUAGGCUGCGAGUCCACUGGUGUUAACAACCUGGUCAGAUAUAUGUAGGUUACGCAUUUGGGCUAUUCUGACGUCAUAUAGAAACAAUUUAAAAUCUAACCUUUUCUGAAUGCGCAGAAAAAUUACGUCAGAAAAACAUCAAUUAGUUAUUACUGAAAUGAAAAGAAUAAUGCAUUCCGUAUCUGUAAGUUAAAACACAUAUUCUAUCAAAAGUGUCAAAACCAUCGGAGUUUUCUUUGAAGGUCAUCUGUUUCUUUGACCAACGGUUAACGAGCAGGGUGUUAUGUGUACAACACAACAACCAACCACCUUUACUUUCCAUAACUAAAUUCAGUACCAUUAGAGUUAGGUGGACUCAGGGGCACCCUAAAAUCCCGAAAUUCUAAAUCCCAAUCUUCACCCAGAUUCGAAUCCAGGACUCCAGGUUCGAAAGCCAAGCGACUAACCACUCAGCCUUCGUGCCCUCGAGUUAGCCAGCAGACGAGGCACUAUUUCUGACCUUUUAUUUAGUAUUUACAUUCACAGUGCAUUUGCAUCAUGAAUUGAAUGUUGACACACAGUCCUACACCUUGGAAGUGCCGCUGACACCAAACUGUAUCAUGCUCCUUUUCCUAACCGACAAAAUACAAAUAAAUAUGUA